AAUUCCAAUCUGUUUUUUUACUGUUCAUAGGGAUCUAUGCUCGGACCCUUAUACAACUCAGAGUCGACGGCAAUAAUCAUUAUUUUGGAUGGUGAGGGCUACUUCGAAAUGGUUGGUCCUCGGACUAAAAGCAGCGUACAGACAGGUCCAACUAAUAAAAAACUAAGCUCAUCGUUGAGACAUGGGUCGGUGAUCGUCUCCCCUGCUGGCCAUCCGAUCGCUAUGGUAGCUUCAAGAAAUAAUGAUCUAAUAGCCGUCUGCUUUGGAACCAAUGCCAAAGGCAACAUUAAGUAUCCUCUUGCAGGGAAAAACAAUAUUGUGAAUAAGAUGAAGAGCGAAGCAAUAGAAUUAACCUUUGGUGUGCCAGCGAAAGAAGUAGAGGAGAUUUUUGAAAAAGAAACAGAUUAUCUCUUAUUUCCAGGGCCAAGCCAGCAAGAGAAGGAAGGCCGUGCAGAUGCAUGAGAUCCUAAAGGUGAUAGCUAUAUAUAUAUAUAGCAAGAGAAAUUCUGCUGGGUUAUGGCUUUGUGAGAGAGAUCAAUGAAGGGUUUCAGUAAUGUGAAUAGUGUUAUGUAUUAAAAAUAAUGGAAAGAAGAGGGCUAUGUAAAUGGAUUUACAUCUCCAUAUUCUGCUGCCUACGACUGAGUGCUACUGCUUUG